AUCCCUUUUGAUGUUGAUCAGGCCGCUGCGUCCAGCAUGUUGGGCUCCGGCAGUGCCUCGUUGCCGGCGGCGUUGGGGAUGGUGAGGUAGCGGCGGGCUUCGGCCCAUUCGUCGUGUUGCUCGGCCAGCACCGCGCCCACCAGGCGCCGCGCCGAUAGCCGGUUGGGGAAGAUGCCCACCACGUCCCCUUUCGGGGGCAGGCUCCGGCGCCUUAUCUCCCGGUUCAGCCGUUCCUGCGGGUUGUUGGACCACAGCUUCUGCCAGUGGGCCACUGGGAAGGCCGUGAAGGCCAGGAUGUCCGGCGCGGCGUCCGCCAGCAGUUCGGCCACCUGGGGAAAGGGCUCCCGGAGUUGUUCCACCACUCGGUCCAAUUGGCCGUGGACCUCGGCGGGAGACAGUUGCUGGUAG